CGUGACCUCCAGAGAGGGGCUGCGCUACGCCGAAUACCUGCCUCCUUCUGCCCAAAGGUCGGACGCCGACAUCGACCACACAGCGGUCUCCUGGGAAACACACCUGUGGGGGUGUCUGUGAGGUAGUUUUCCGAGAGUGUUACCUGAGGAGGAAACCUACCCUGAUGGGGACAGCUCAUGAGAUGCGUCCUGAGCCAAAUAAGGAGAACGUGUUCUAAAUGGCAGCGUUCAUCUUUCUGCUUCCUGACUCGCGUGUUUAUGGAGUCUUCACUUGGUGUGUAAGGUGCCUAAAUGCUUUAGGGAGAAGGUUGCUAGCUGUAGGACUGGGUGUUGCAGCUGUUGCAUUUGCAGGUCGCUAUGCAUUUCAGAUCUGGAAACCUCUAGAACAAGUAAUCACGGCAACAGCAAGGAAGGUUUCCUCUCCAAGCUUUUCAUCCUACUAUAAAGGAGGAUUCGAGCAGAAAAUGAGUAAGCGAGAGGCUAGUCUUAUUUUAGGUGUAAGCCCAUCUGCUGGCAAGGCCAAGAUUAGAACAGCACACAAGAGAAUUAUGAUUUUAAACCAUCCAGACAAAGGUGGGUCUCCUUACUUAGCAUCCAAAAUAAAUGAAGCAAAAGAUUUGCUCGAAGCAUCCAGCAAAGCUAACUGAUGCUAAAGGACUGUACAUACCGAGCGAAAAUGGAACAAACGCACAGCUGUAAAAGUCCUUCAGAAGAAUGUGGCACGUGGUCAUGUUCCAUACUGACCCAGUCUGUUCUCUGUCAUUAAGUGUGCAGCAAUAAAAGCCUGGCAGUCUCGUAGCCUUGCA